AGCAGCCACCCCUAGCCCAGCCCUCGGCCAGUCCCUACCGUGAGGCCGUGGAGCUGCAGCGCCGGAGUCUGCCCAUUUUCCAGGCGCGGGGGCAACUGUUGGCCCAGCUCCGAAAUCUGGACAGUGCCGUCCUCAUCGGUUGGCUAUACAGUGCGCUUUGAUGAUGUCACCUCAGAAGACACCAGGAUCAAGUUUCUAACAGAUGGCAUGCUUCUGCGUGAAGCAAUUUCAGACUCCCUGCUUCGGAAGUACAGCUGUGUGAUUUUGGAUGAAGCUCACGAACGGACUAUCCACACAGACGUGCUCUUUGGAGUGGUGAAAGCUGCACAGAAGAAGCGAAAGGAAACGGGGAAACUGCCCCUCAAAGUGAUUGUGAUGUCAGCUACGAUGGAUGUGGACCUGUUCUCUCAGUAUUUCAAUGGCGCCCCUGUCCUCUACCUGGAGGGACGGCAACAUCCAAUCCAGGUUUUUUACACCAAACAGCCUCAGCAUGAUUACCUGCACGCAGCACUUGUCUCAGUCUUCCAGAUCCACCAGGAAGCCCCUCCUUCUCAGGACAUCCUGGUGUUCCUCACGGGUCAGGAGGAGAUUGAAGCAAUGAGCAAGACCUGCCGAGACAUUGCAAAGCACCUUCCAGACGGCUGCCCCUCAAUGGUGGUCCUUCCUUUGUACGCCUCCCUGCCCUAUGCACAGCAGCUCCGUGUCUUCCAAGGGGCCCCACAGGGCUAUCGCAAAGUGAUCAUUUCAACCAACAUCGCUGAAACCUCCAUAACCAUUACAGGAAUAAAAUAUGUAGUUGACACUGGCAUGGUUAAAGCAAAGAAGUAUAACCCUGACAGUGGUCUUGAGGUGUUAGCAGUGCAGCGGGUGUCAAAGACCCAGGCCUGGCAGCGCACGGGGAGGGCUGGCAGAGAGGACAGUGGCAUCUGUUACCGGCUGUACACUGAGGAGGAGUUUGAGAAGUUUGAGAAGAUGACCGUGCCAGAGAUCCAGAGGUGUAACCUGGCCAGUGUGAUGCUUCAGCUCCUAGCGAUGAAAGUCUCAAACGUGCUCACCUUUGACUUUAUGUCCAAACCGUCUCCAGAUCACAUUCAGGCGGCCAUUGCCCAACUGGACCUGUUAGGUGCUCUUGAACAUAAGGAUGACCAGCUUACCCUGACUCCAAUUGGAAGAAAGAUGGCAGCAUUUCCUUUAGAACCCAAAUUUGCCAAAACCAUCCUCCUGUCCCCCAAAUUCCACUGUACAGAGGAGAUCCUGACCAUUGUCUCCCUGCUGUCUGUGGACAGCGUCCUCCACAACCCUCCUUCCCGGCGGGAUGAAGUGCAGGGGGUCCGGAAGAAGUUCAUAUCCAGUGAGGGGGACCACAUUACCCUGCUCAAUAUCUACCGAACCUUCAAAAACAUAGGUGGAAAUAAGGAUUGGUGCAAAGAGAAUUUUGUCAACAGCAAGAAUAUGAUGCUAGUAACUGAAGUCAGAGCACAGCUGAGGGACAUCUGCUUAAAGAUGUCAAUGCCAAUCUUGUCAUCCCGAGGAGACAUGGAGAGCGUCCGCCGCUGUCUGGCUCACAGCCUCUUCAUGAGCACUGCUGAGCUCCAGCCAGACGGUACCUAUGCCACCACGGACACCCACCAGCCAGUGGCCAUCCACCCCUCUUCUGUCCUCUUCCACUGCAAGCCAGCCUGCGUCGUGUACACUGAGCUGCUUUAUACCAACAAGUGCUACAUGCGAGACCUCUGCGUUGUGGAUGCCGAGUGGCUGUAUGAGGCCGCCCCCGAGUAUUUCAGGAGGAAGCUGAGAACCGCCAGAAACUGAGCUUUUCCAGGGUGCUGCCAGGAUUGCUGGUGCCUGGGAGCUUGGACCACAGCUGUCCUCAUAGCAGACUUCCAGGUUGGCACCUAGAGAAGCGGCAGGUUUUAAUGCAGCUAAAUAUGCCCGACUUCCAGGAGCUUGAAAGCAUCUUUGCUUAAACUCUUAGGCCUGAACCAUGUAGAUGUGUACAUAUAAUUUAUAUCCCGAAAACUUAAGAAUUGUGCUUUUGGUUCUUGCUGGGUGACUUUGGGUGGCUUGGUUAACUUCUGAGCCUCAGUUUCCUCAUCUGCCAAAUGGGGAUAAUAAUAAUGAUAUUUACUUAUUGGGGUCAUGAAGUGUAGAGAAAAUGAAUAGAAAGUACCCAGAGCUAUUCCUGACACCUGAAAGACAGACAGUGAGCUGUGAGCCAUUAUGCUUAAUUUUACUGCUUUCUACGUGAUGUCAAUUAAGUACAACAAAAUACCAAGUUCUUGUGACUGAGGGGGAUUUUGUAGAAGGGGCCAUAGGAGGUUACAGAACUUGGAUGUUUGUUGUCCUUGGUUCUAUUUUAAUGUCUAUCUGUAUGAAGCUUUAAAAUGGAAAACACAAGCAAUUGACUUCUGUAGAAGUUUCCAGAGGGGGAGGUGCUGUUUCUUACCUCCUGGGAUGGCCAUCCCUACUGAACCCUCAAGUCUCAGGGGGUGGACUGCUCUCCGUCUGUAUCCAAGCAGAGCCCAGUGGAGGCGUCACUUGGUCCUCCAUGCUUUUGUGGUGCACGUCUCUGUCAGUGCUUUUAGGAGACACGUAAGUUUCCUGGGCAGAGGUCGAUUUGUACCUUCUGAAUCAUGUCAAGUGCAGACAUGGAAAACUGACUCUUCAACGUCCUGCUGCAUACCCAGUUUUCAUUUUCCUGAGUAACUGUGAACAUGUGAGCAUGAGGAAUGACUCUGUGCUCCAUUUCAGCUGUUUCUCUCUGGGCAGGGCCCCUGGUCAGAGCUGUUGGGGGUGGGAGCGGAGAGGUGCAUGGUCAGCGAGAACCCAGAGAGCAUCAGUUCAUUCCAGCCUCCACGUCUGGUCUUAUAUUCUUGCCUCACACUGAUUUUCUGUGAUCUUUUUUCCUUCUUCAUAGGGACUUGGGGACACUCUGGCUUUGCUGCUUCCUAACUGCCAGGCACCUCUCUAACCCUCAUUGUCUACAUCUGUCAGAGGGAAUGAGAGGAUCUCGACAGUCUCUUUCUAUUCUGAUAUUUUGAGAAGGGAAAAGACACUAUUAGUUCUGCUUUACUAUUUAAUUAUCCAAAGCAAAUAAUCUUUCCCCAGAGAAUGUUUUGCCCUAGAAGAAGGCGAGAUGUAGCCAUUUUAUUGUGCUUAAUUGCUCCAAACACAUCUGUCCAGUAUUUUGUCAUUUCUUACAGGAUGAAUCAAACAGUUUAUUAGCAGGGGGCCAAAAUGCCUAAGAGGCUCUUCAAAGACCAUGGACAGUCUCUUCAUUCUAGAUCCAGGGACCAUUUUUCAGAGACUGGCCUGCUAGAUAAGACCCAUUCCAAGGUCUCAUCUGUCCACAGUUGUGCAUGUCAAAUCUGGCUCAGCCUUUAUUUACAACAUUGCCAGGGUCCUGAGCACUUAAGCUUUUUGCCAGUGUUUACGGGUACCUGAGCACUUGUGAUUUAUUUAUGUUAGAAAUGGUUAUAUUUAGGACAAAUAAGAUUUGACAGAUCCUAGAUACCUUAUCUUACUACAUUCUUA